UUUCGAUUAUCGAGCACCCGACACCGAGGGAACCCUAGAAAUGGCCUCAUCUUCCUCCUAAAUUCCCUAAUAAAAAAAUUUUCGUCGGAUAGAAAAUUCCCAAUGUCCGGUUUAUCUGUUCAUCUUCGUUAGAAUUUUGUAGACAUUUCGCGUCUCUCUUCGCUCCAUUUCUUCUGUUUUCGUUCUUACUUUUUUACGUUCAUCUCCUCGGUAGAAAUUACAGUAUCGAAUCUGAAUUUACAAGAAUGGGUGUUUUCCGUCUGAUUUGAGUGGGAAAUUAGCAGAAAUUUUCAAUUUUGCGCGGUGGGUUUUGAUCAUUAUCUUGUCUUGGCGGUCAUUUUCUCUAACGGUCGUUCUUCUUCUUCUGCCGUGGAAUUAUAGGGUUUCAAUUUGUUCAGCGGUGUUCACCCAUUUGCAGAAGCGCAGGCAUUUAGGCUCUCUCCGGCUCUGUGGCGAAUCUACCGUUUUCAGUUCCAGUCCUAAGCCAAGAUGUCGUCUCCCUAUCCCAUUUUGGACAACCGACCAAUCGAUAAGUGGAAGGUUACUGAAUUGAAAGAAGAGCUGAAAAGACGGAAAUUGACAACGGGAGGCUUGAAGGUGGAUUUGAUUAAACGUCUGGACGAAGCCCUUCGUAUCGAGAAAGAAAAUGCUGAAAUAGUUCCUUGUGCUGCUGACGAAAUCAAUCGAUGCGUGGAAAUGACACCAAAACUUGGCGAAGUAGUUGUUCCAGUUUCAGGGGAAGCAACUCCAGUUGCAGCUCCCAAGACAAAACUAGUUUUUGUUGAGACUGCUGCCCUUCAGACAACUCCAGUGCAAGCUAAAGUAGAGGAUAACUUGGUUAAAAAUGGUGAUGAUGACCAGAAUGAGAAGGUUGAUGAUGUUAGAAAUGUAGGUUUUCGUGACAGUUCCCCUAUUCAUGCGAAGCAACAGGAAACCCUAGAAGGGUAUGUGAAGGAUGAAACUGCUGAAGUAGUUGCUGAAGAUUUGUCUAGUGAUAUUCUCAUGGAUUCGAAGAGUAAGGAAAUAAUUACCGGGUUGGAUGAUGAUGAUGGUGAUUCUAAGCUUCAGACAGAGAAUGAAUGUGUAAAGGCCAAGCUGACAGAUGACUUGCAUGUUACAUCUGCUUCAAUCAACCAGGUAUCUGAGGUCACACCUGUUACUGGCGUUGCGGUAAAAUCUGUUUGUUUUUCUACUGAUUCUGUGUCAAAUAAUGAAAAAAUCGAACUGAAGGAUAACGUAAUUGCUGAUGAUGUCAAAUUAGAACAUAGUGUUAGUAAGUCACAAGAGAUUGUGGAACCAUCAUCGUUUGGUACUGUUGAGGAGCCACUUGAGCCGAAGACAGAUGACAGCAAUGAUGAAAAUGCUGCUGAUAUGACAAAGGGAAAUGAAAAUAUCGAUGCAGGAUAUUCAGAAAAGUUGAAUUUAGAUAGAGAUUCUGGCGAUGAUUCUAUGGAUGAGGAGGAGGCGGAUACAAAGGGAACCGAGUCAAAUAAUUCUGAUGAAGUGGUGAAUAAGAUUGAGAAAAAUGAAGUGCCUGCUGUUAAAGUGGAAACCCCUUUCGACGUUAUGAGGAAUGGUCCAGUUACUGGUAACGGUGACCUCCCUGAAAGUGAGAAUCAACCUGUGGUGACUUCUGAGAAAAGAAAGCUUCCUGUUAAUGAUCAAGAAGCUGUUGGAAAUAGUGAUCCUGUUAAGAGACAGCGCAGAUGGAACUCUGAGAAUAUGAAAGUUCCCGAAGUACGGAUCUCUAAUGGCGUACUCACUACUCCCAAGUCUACGGGUUUGAACCGAAACUUCUCUAUACCCGAUUCAUCCACUAGCGAGGAUGGAGCCAAGGAACGUGUGGUUCCUCCUCCUCAAAAGGAGCCCACAAAUUCGCUCAGGAUUGAUCGUUUCCUUAGGCCUUUCACACUGAAAGCUGUUCAAGAGCUUUUGGGCAAAACUGGGAAUGUUGCCAGUUUCUGGAUGGAUCACAUCAAGACCCAUUGCUAUGUAUCAUAUUCUUCGAUUGAAGAGGCCACGGCGACUAGGAAUGCUGUUUACAACCUCCAAUGGCCGCCUAACGGGGGACGCCUUCUGGUAGCCGAGUUUGUGGACCCGGAAGAAGUGAGGGCUAAAGCCGAGCCUCCUCAGCCUCAAGCCACACCAGCUGCUGGCGGUCCCUCCCAGCCCGAACCACAAGGCUCCAAGGCACAGCCACCGACUGCUCUCCCGCCUCCACCACCUCUGUUCAAUCCAACUCCAGCCAGAGAACGGCUUCAGCCUCCACCUCCUCCACCUGUUCCAGACCAACAAGAACCGCCCAUCCUGACACUGGACGAUCUGUUCAGGAAGACAAAGGCGACACCCAGGAUAUACUACCUGCCCUUGUCGGAGGAUCAAGUUACAGCCAAGCUCGGGUCUCGGGGAAAAGUUGCUAACGAGUAGUACUAGUGGAGUGUAGAGGGAUGGUGUAUGGUGGUAGCCAUGGCUGGGCCAUGUCCUGGUUUGAUGAUGUCCUUUAGCAGGUUCCCUUAGGUUUUUGCCCACCUUUCUGCUGCUGAGUUCUUUGACUAAUGCGUUUUCUUAUGUAGAGACAUUUAGUGGAUUUUGGCCUUGUUCUUGAUUUAUAAAGCCCCUUUUAACUUUUUUGUC